UGCACCUCGACCCCUCAACGCUCAGUCUAGAUAUAUUGUAUCUAUAGAGAAAGCUCGCUCCAGUAUAUUACAGAGCUCGAUGAAAAGAUCUCGUUUCGAAACUGAUCUCUGUCGAUUAUGCGUCUCUGUUGACUGAACUGUCAAAAUUGUCAAUAUGGAGAAGGAGUUUCGCGAUCGGGACCCCAAGGUGGACCUGUUUUACGCCGAGACCGAUCUCGAUCAGCCCACGGAUUACAGUCUACGAUAUGCCGAAGACGACACCGACGAUGAAGAGAAGCAGAGCACCGAGUACUUCACCGGUGGCGAGCAAGAGGACACCGUCAAAACGUACUGCACCGAGGGCACCCCGUACGAGACCCCCUUCAAUUUCUCCACGGCCACUUCCAUGUCGGACCUGCGGGUUGAGGACACGAAGGAGAGCGAUGUUAUGAAGAAGGUGCCGAAGAAGGCGAUCGAGGUUGCUCGUAAGAGCCCUGUGUCUUUCAUCAAGCAGGUGACGUCGCUCGGCUGCGACGAGCACGGCGCUAUGGUAAGGAAGGAGGAAGAACUGGAGGAGAACCCAAAGGAUACCACGGUUCUCAAUCCUGGACAAGUGACCCCCGAGAAGAUAAAUAACAUUCCAGGAGUUAUAUCGAAGAUAGAUUCUGCGAACAAGGAAGAGCUGGAGAACGACGAUCACAGCGUUUUGAGCGACAGUCAAAUGAGACUGUCUUCGCAGAAUAGUGGUCUGUCUGUGAAUAAAAGUAAUUCACGCGUGUUAGAUAAGGAAGGAAAAAUGGUGACAUUUGGUGGUCAAGAUUAUUAUGCUGAAGAAACCCCUCUGAUGUUCUCACGUUGCAGUUCGCUCGGCUCUCUUAGUGGAUUUGAGCAACAUUCUAUUCAUGACGAUCGCAGUUCUGUGGUCAGUGAUUUUAGCCGUAGGACCAGUGGAGUAGUUUCACCCAGUGAACUGCCAGACUCGCCCACACAAACAGUCCUACCCAGCCCGCGUAAUCAUAAAACUCAGAAUGCAGAGUUUAUGUCUAAAAUGCAAGAAGAAGCAGUAAGACCAUCCGUCCGACAUUUAUCGUAUCCCAAACCGCAAGUCACAAGGAGCAGCGUUUUCGAGGAUGAGGUCGCCACUUUCAAGGAAGAAUCGACACCGGCCGAAUUCUCCACUGCGACCAGUCUGAGUUCUCUCACAAUCGAUGAUGAAGUCAAAAUACCUAACGACACCAUGGCACAUUGUAGAUUGGAAAAGGUGUCAUCCGACACGGAUGAGAAGAAUAUUCGCAGGAUCGAGACGGACAUGCUCAAUAUGACGAUAAACAGCUCUAAUAGUAAAGUGAAAGAGGAGCAGGUGAGCGACGGGGAUGAGGAUGACGAGGAUAUGUUGGCCGCUUGUAUCAAUAUGGGAAUGCAAACCAACAGAUACAGACAAUCCUUCAAAAUGCUCAACUCUCAAAAGCCCGCGCAGUCGGAGCCGUCGAGUAUCUUGGCACCGUAUCAGAAAAAUUCUGUGCCGAAUAGGCUGAAAUCGCACGUGUCCCUCGUUGAGACAUCCAUCGGCGCUUCAAAGACUAGUAAAACCGCUAUGGAAAUCGGCGUCGCUCCCGAUACCGUGCACGUAUAUUGCACGGAGGACACGCCAGCGGAUAUUUCCCCGGUCGGCUCUCAAUCUAAUCUGUCUGCCCUCUCGAUGCCGAGUGUGCAAGAGGAUAUAGAGAAAAUCGAGCAGGAGAAAUCGGCGGAGAUCGCGUGUCAUAGGAACGAUUUGUCCGAUGAAAGUUCCAAUCUUUCCGGCGAGGAUGAGAAAAUAUUGGACGAAUGCAUUCAAUCGGGCAUACCUAAGCCGAGGCAGAUAACUCCACCUCUGAUAAAUAACUUACCGUUCGUGAAGAAAUCCGAACUACCGUCGCAUAAGUUUAACAUAUACAGCACUCCAUCAUCCUCGCCUGUCGAGACGAGUCAUGCGAAUAAGAAUUCUAUAAUGGCUAAAUCAGUGGGUAAUACGUCAUUGAGGCGGCAUCCGGAUGAACUCUCCGACGACAGUCCGAAUCAUUCGGAUGACGAAGCAAUUUUGACUGAAUGCAUACAAUCCGCGAUGCCAAAGGCGAGAUUUAGCGUGUCACCGUCAAUCAGACCGUCAUUGUCGCAAACUAUUGAAAAUACCAAAACGACGGAUAUGCGAACGUCUUCCACUUCGUCGGCAUAUUUUCAGUCGGGUCACAUGGAACAGAGGAAGACUGUAACGAGAAAGCUUUUACCUUUCGAAGACAACGUUGGGCUUUCCGAAGAGGAGGAAGACAUCAUUUUAGCACAAUGCAUUAGAUCCGGGAUGCCAAAAGUACUGAGUUCUAUGUCCACAACAAUGGCACCAGCGGUGAAGAAAUUUGAUGCAUAUCCGAGAGCAAUUGGGAACUUUCCGGUUUAUUUAUCAUCUUCCUACUGCGUGAGCAAGGUUCAUCCUGUCAGAAACGUUGCGUUACACCCACCGUCGUCAUUCAGAGUUGCGAGCGUUGCCACGACGGACCGUUUCAUCGAGAACGCGACCUCGAGUAACUUCAACUGCUACCCCGACAAAGCGACGAACAACAUGGCACAGACCUCGAGUCAGACGUCGAGAAACAGUGACAGCAACGCGCGUGAGAAGAUCAACAAUUCGCCACACUGCGCACGUAGAUCACCGCAUCAUCGCGUUGAGAGCGAGAACGUCAAUACGACGGUCGACGGUCCAUCUUCGCGAUCUCCUCGCGUCGCUAAUUGCGGCGCAUCGAUGGUCAACAGAACGGAAAACGACGAGGAUGACUCGUCGUGCAGGAACAUGACGAAACUCAACGCAGUGCCGUCGUGCCACAGCUCAGUGAGUUCGCAUAGCGAGGAGGGCUCGCUCAUCUCUACGGAGGAGUGGGCGUUGUUGGAACUGUGCAUCACUUCCGCUAUGCCGAGGAACAAAUAUUCCGUUAAAGGAAUCAAGCCUAACGAAGGUGCUGGGAUCUCAGGCGGCCACGAUGACUGUGAGCCGAUACCCGAGGACAAUUACUCCGUGUGCAGUUACAAUUCUUAUGUCUGCAAAACAUAACCGUCGACGUCACAUUGUGCGAUUAUAAUUUCCGGCGAUGAAUAAAUUUUGUACAUAAAAAUUAACGAGAAUGUCAGCUUGAACACGAUCAACUGAACUAAAGAUUACGUCGUCUUCUAAUGUUCAGUUUGUAAGUACAGUCGGUGUCCGGGAGUUAGAUCAAAAGUUGCAAUAAUUUUACCUCGAUAUGCGGGAAAAAGAAUUCCUUUGGUGUAACUGAAUUUUCCGUUGCCUAAGCUUCCUGCGAAAAUUCGGUUGUAGAAACAGGAAGGUUACUGUAGGAGGUUUCUACUCAGUGGAUUGCUCUUAGUUAACAACAUAUAUACGUAGGCCACGCAUUCUUUCUGUAAAAUGAAGCCGGAAGUUGGCGAUUUAAGAUUGAACAAGAAGUUGUUUUGUUUCACUUGUCUCGUUCUAGCUUAAUGCACAACCGACAUCACGUAUACUGUGCCAUUUUCUAGACGGAGAAUUAUACAAUUUUUAGCUUUACAUAUAACGCAGGUUGAAAAUCGCAGAGAUAAUUCUAAUUAUAAUAAUAGAGUUGUAAUGGCUCUAAUUAUAAUAGUUUCAAACUAUAUAUGAAAGGCUAAAAAUUGUGAAUUAAUAAAGAGUUUUUUAAUUUAAGGGAUGGUACAACAUUUGUAACACCGACUGUACACACGAAUUAUAUCAGUCGUGGUAACAGAGAACAUUUUUUAUCACCAAGUUUUCAUUUCUCGUCACCGCGAAAUGAGUAACUUCCUCGAGUAAAUGUUAUGUAAGUUAUGUUAACGAUCGCAUUCUGCUGGAAGAUGUAUUGACCAUACAAUCGAUACACGUAUAGAGAUUAAAUUUAUAUAUAUAUAAUAUUUUUUUUAUUUUACAAGAAGAAAGAUAAACAUUUUUCUUUCUCUCUCUCUC